CCCCACGCCUCCCGCAGGCCCCGCCCACGGCGCCCGCCGCCACCUCCCCCUUUAGGUAAGGACGCCGAAACUCCCGAGGUCCCGUCGACGAGACUGGAGGAAGGCGGCGAGGGUGGAGCGUGUCGGAGGCUCCUGCUGUGGCGAUGGGGCGCCUCAACCGGGCCUGGCUGCACUUCCUAGUCCUGGGGGGAGCUCUGGGGGUCGCUUGUGCUACAGUGACACAUCCAAUCAGCAGAUCACAAGGAAGAAGCUUUAUUCGUCAUAGAGUCAAUGCAACCAAUACUUCUAAAGAAGCAUACGGUGUGGAUGAGUUUGCAGCUAAAAUCCUUACUGGAAAACUGACAACGGUUUUCUUGCCUUUGGUCUACAUUGUAGUGUUUAUCAUCGGUUUGCCAAGCAAUGCCAUGGCUCUGUGGGUCUUCUUUCUAAGAACAACGAAGAAGCAUCCAGCAGUGAUUUAUAUGGCUAAUUUAGCACUGGCAGAUCUUCUGUUUGUGAUCUGGUUCCCUCUGAAGAUUUCAUACCAUAUUAAUGGCAAUAAUUGGAUCUACGGUGAAGCCCUGUGCAAAGUGCUUGUUGGAUUUUUCUAUGGGAACAUGUACUGUUCCAUUCUUUUUAUGACAUGCCUCAGUGUGCAAAGGUAUUGGGUAAUUGUGAACCCCAUCCUGCAUUCAAGAAAGAAGUCAGAAAUUGCUUUAGUAGUUUCAUUAGCAAUCUGGGUACUCAUUUUGCUUGGCACCAUCCCGUUGUAUCUUGUGGAUCAAACAGUUCACAUUUCCACCCUCAACAUCACUACUUGUCACGAUGUCUUGCCUCAAGCGCUCCUAGCUCAUGACAUGUACAACUACUUCCUCUCCCUGGUCAUUGGAGUCUUCUUGUUCCCAGCUAUUCUCACAGCUGUUGCCUACAUUCUCAUGAUUAAGACUCUAAAUGCUUCCAUUACAGAUGUGAACAUUGGGAAGAAACGGAAAAGAGCCAUCAGGCUCAUCAUUAUAGUCCUUUCCAUGUACUUGAUCUGUUUUCUGCCUAGCAACAUUCUGCUGCUUGUGCAUUACUCCCAGAUCAAAAACCAUGGCUUCAGUGACACCUAUGCUUCCUACAUCACAGCACUGUGCCUUUCUAGUCUCAACAGCUGCAUUGAUCCAUUCAUCUAUUACUUUGUUUCAAAAGACUUUAGGGACAAUCUUAAAAAUGCUCUCCUCUGCCGAAGUGUGCGCACUACAAAGAGGAUGCAAGUCUCCCUCUCUUCAAAUAGAUACCCGCGGAAAUCCCCCUCUUACUCCUCCAGUUCAAACACAACUAAAUCAACUUACUGAUUUUGUACUCAGAAUGCAGAAAACCUGGACUAGUACUGACUGAAUGUUCUGUGUCCACUCUCUGACAUAUUGGGACUCUUAAUCAUAUUUAAUUUAAUCAGGACUGGCACAACAUUUACCUUUCCCCACAGGACUCAAAAGGUGUACAUAAGCAUGCUUCUCAGGUGGGAAAACAAAGGUUGUAGACCUGAUGUAGGCACUGUCUGCUUUGUUACUCUUUUUGAAGACACCUGAGUUGGGAGGAUUCUGCAUUGGUUGUAAAGAGGACUUCCCAUAGAGACGUUGAUGGUCCCAUGGACUGCUACUGAUAGCAAGUUCUACUGUGUCAGAAGAUGAUGGCAGUUUUAUGCCGUAUUUAAAUGCAUAUUUAAAUGGUUUGAGUUUUCAAGUGCUACACUUAUUCUUUGUUCAUGAAAGACAAGCCCUGUCUUGCAACACAUAUAUAGGAAUUUGUAAGCCCGUCAUUUAUAUAUUUGUCAGACUUGCCAAGCCAGAUUUUAUAAAUAGCCUGGAAUAUUGUAUUAUUGAUGCCCAAGUGAUUAUUUGCACUGAGAUGUAUAUGUGUAAUAUACACACUCCUUUUGAAGAAAUACACUGUGAAUGUGCAAUGACCAAUAUAUAGUUGCAAUGUAGCAUGUAAUUGUAUGCUUUUAAAAGAACUGUAUUUUGCAGGACAAAAAUUGUUUCCAAUAUUUUAAACUUUUUAUAAACAGGUACUUGCAAAAUAAUUAU